AUGUCAGUGAUGCCCAAUAUUCCAGUCAAUGCUACAUGGGCACAGAAUGGAGUGACUGUUGCUGGAGGUCGUGGAUUUGGCAGUGCUCUUGAUCAACUACAUCAGCCUAAAGGUUUCCUCGCUGAUGAUGAUCAAACGUUGGUCAUCUCUGACUGGAACAAUAAUCGUAUCGUCGAAUGGAGGGUGGGUAAUACGAAGGGAAAAGUGGUAGCUGGUGGUAAUGGUCAAGGAGAUCGAUUGGAUCAAGUGUUUUUUGCAACCGAUGUAUUGAUCGAUAAUGAGACAGAUAGUUUCAUAAUAUGUGAAGAUGGAAAUCGACGAGUCACUCGAUGGUCUCGUCGAGCUGGCACAACUCAAGGAGAAAUCCUUCUCGACCGAAUCUUUUGCUACGGAUUGGCGAUGGAUGAUCAGAGAGGUCUCUACAUUUCUGACCCCAUACUAGUUGAGGUGAGACGAUAUCAAAUAGGAGACAAAAAUGGAACUGUCGUGGCCGGUGGGCAUGGUAGAGGCGAUGGUAUCAAUCAACUUAACGGCCCGAGCUAUCUUUUUGUCGAUCGACACCAAGCUGUUUACGUGUCAGACACUGAAAAUCACCGUGUCAUGAAAUGGAAUAAAGAUGCAACAGAAGGAGUGGUCGUUGCUGGUGACCAUGGCCAUGGAAACACUCUGAGACAAUUAUCUUAUCCUGGAGGACUAUUUGUCGAUUCGUUGGGUACUGUGUAUGUAACAGACACAAGAAACCACCGAGUAGUGCGUUGGCCUAAAGGAGCAGGACAGGGCACUGUCAUUGUAGGUAGAAAUGGUGAAGGAAAAGGGGCUAAUCAAUUGUGUUUUCCUACAACUAUUUCCUUCGAUCGACGUGGGAAUCUCUAUGUUUUCGAUAAUGGAAAUCAUCGAGUACAACGUUUUUCUAUCGAAGAUAUUGAUUAG